CCCUCAAAUCGUCUAAUCUCUCUCUCUCUCUCUUUCUCUAAUUUUAUUUAUUUCUUAAAUUACAAAAAGAGAUAAAUAUAUAAAAAAGCUAUCUCGGGUUGUCGUUGUUAUUUAAGAAUAAAUUACUGUUUCACCGCAGUAAAAGUAUAUUUUUAAAAUUCAUUGCUGACGUGGCAUGCACCCAAUAGGAAACAGCCAUGAAUACAAAAACGAUGCGUCUUCCCCCACGCCGAGCUAUCUCCGGCGCCGUAGCCGGGCAACAAACGGUAACCGCCGUGAAAAAUCCACCACCGCCGCCGAUUAAAUCUAUCCUCAAGAAAACUCCGGUCAGCCCUCUUCCAACAACCACCGCCGUAGCCGAAACCAUAGCCGAGCCGGGUUGUACGAACCAGCUUUUAGCCGGAUACUUGGCUCACGAGUUUCUCAACAAAGGCACACUCUUCGGAGAAGUCUGGAAUCCGGCUCGAGCCCAAGCCGGCUCAUUUACGGCCCAAUUAACUGAGACGAGAAAAACUAAGCCGAGCCAUGAUGAUGUAGUAGAGCCGAGUGAUCAUCAUCAUAAACGGAGGAGAUAUGUGGAGGUUGCUAACAUACUCCGGGUAGAUGGCGCACACUUGCCCGGUAUCGUCAACCCUUCACAGCUUGCCCGUUUCCUUAAAUCGUGAUGCCGUAAAUCCAUGUGGAGCUAUGUGAUUGGUCUGUCUUUUAAAUAACAUGACGGGCUAACACAGAAACGUUCCCCCUUCUCUCUCACUCUUUUUUCUUUUUUUUUUCUUUUUCAAUGUAAAGAAAUUGACUCAGAAAUAUGUUUAGGGUUUUUAAUUGGAAUUUUGUAAAAUCUGGUUAUGGUUUUGAUUAGCCAAAUCUAUGCUUUAAAAUAUGAAAAUCUGAAUCCAGAUUUAACCUCU